AUGAGUCAGCUGACUCCGAGAUCUAGCGCAGGGUCAGAAAGUAGAAAACGAAAAAUCACCGAGUACAUGUCGGACCACAGGUCGCCAAAGAAAGAACGCCUAGAAGAAGAUGACGAAAAUGAUGAUGACGUGGAAUCAGAAUCGGAGUCACUCGCAGCAACAGAUGGGACCAUUCUUGCGCCAAAAUACGUGCUUAAGUUUAAGGAGGCCUUCGAGUUGCACCUCAAAAUGGGCAAACAGCAAGCGAGCAGCCUAAAGCAGCUUAAGAAGGUGGCAACCGAGUUUGCAAACAACUCCGACUUUGAGGACAAGGAAAGACUGGAUUGCAAGCACUGGAAGAAGCACUCAACAAAGGAACCUCUGUACACGUUUUCCCCCGACUUCCCCAAACGUCCACCAGUUGCCGCCGUUUUCUACGCAAAAAAGAGGAACAUCACCUACACAAUUACGGCAGUGAAGGCACUGAAUGAACGAAUGAAUGGGGACACGUUUGGAAAGGAGCAAGCGGAAAAGGAUACGUUGGAGGCCGAAUGGAAAUACUUACGCGAACUUGAGGCUUUUCUGAGUAGCCACAAAGAAGCCGAUGACUUGACGCAAGGCCAGAUCGAGUAUGUGAAGACGAUGAUCGCCAACAAGAAAAAGAAGCUCGAUCCUCAACCAAAGCGUAUUGCUGCUGGAGGGAAAAAUGGAAAGUCGGCAACAAGAAAGGAUCAACCCAAACCGAAAACCCCGCUUGAUAUAUACAUGGCCGGAAACCCGACAUUGUUUGCGGAAUAUUCGCCUGAGAAGCGCCUUCGCAAGUUUGAGAAGAGGUUCAACAAACUCGAUGACGGGGAGCAAGCCGUUUACGUGAACAUCGCCAAGUCAAGUGGUUAUGCC